CUUCUCUGAUUUGCUUGCUCUCCAUUUUUCGAAGCUCUGUCUCUGUUUUCUUUUCCUUCUCAGUUCUCCCACCCCUUAAAUCAAUUUGAAUUUUGAUAUUCCAAAAGGCUUCUUCAUAUUACAAGCUUUGUUGUAAUUUACAAAGAUCCGUAAUUCUCUAGACUGAUCGCUGUUCAAAAUCGAUCAUUUGAUUAUUCAUCUGUAUAGUAAUAGUUCAAGUUUUGAUUUUUUUUUUAAAAAAAAACUGAAUUGAUGCUUUAAUUCUUAUAAUUGGACCACCCGCCGUCUUCAAAUAUGUACAUAUCUUCUGAUCUCGUUUUCGGAUGGUUUUAGUUCAUAAAUUGGGUGGAACGGUGAUAGAAGAGGUGAAGAUGGGUUCUUUGCAAGGACCGGUUAUUUACCCUGCCGUUCGUAGCAAGCAAGUCGGUGUCUAUACGUUGCCGUUUAAUGGGCCUUCUCCGAGGGCAAGAUUGCAUGGAAGUGAUUUAUGGGGUUAUGGAGGGAUAACUGAUAGAAAGUGUAAGCCGCGUGGCGUUUCCGGUCACCUGAAGCUACGGAAGUACAACACCACGGUGCAGUGUAUUUUCAGUUCAUCCUCAGAUGGGAAUGGAAGCAUGGCUGAGAAUUUCAAUGAAAACAAUGAAGAUUAUGUUAAUUCCAGUGUGGUUGAGGCUGUUGAGGUGAAGAGUGGAGCUGAUGGAUUUAUGAUCAAAAUGAGGGAUGGUAGUCAUUUAAGGUGUGCCCCUAACAAUCCCCAAGGUGGGCAUAUACCGGAUUAUGAACCACAUCCUGCCAUCGUUCUGAAGAUGGAAGACGGGACGGGUCUUCUUCUCCCAAUCAUUGUUUUGGAAAUGCCAAAUGCGCUGCUCAUGGCAGCAGUGCGUAAUGUUCAAAUCGCUAGACCUACUGUGUAUCAAGUAGUAAAGAACAUGAUUGACAAGAUGGGCUACUCGGUAAAACUUGUCAGAGUUACUAAGAGAGUGCACGAGGCCUAUUUUGCACAGUUGUAUCUGACCAAGGUGGGUGAUGAGACAGAGUCGGUCACUUUUGAUCUUCGGCCUUCUGAUGCCAUCAAUAUUGCUGUGAGAUGCAAGGUACCUAUACAAGUUAACAAGUACUUGGCGUACAAUGAUGGUAUGCGCGCAAUUGAAGCAGAGAAGCUGUCGAUGCGGUCUCCAGCUUCGGGUGGCUUAUUAUUCACCGAACUGGAUCGGCCAAGUGGUCAGUAUUGUCUCGAUACAGAGGAGUUCAACAUUGUCUCCGACUUAAACAGGGCUGUUAAUCAGGAGCGCUACAAGGAUGCUGCUGACUUGAGAGACAAACUUGGCGAGUUUCGUGCUCAAAGGAACUUGAAGAAGUAUACAUAACAGUUGUUGCAUUGACGCCUCAAAAUGUAAAUAGGAAUUAUUGUCGGAAGCUGAUAAACUUGAUGGUGAUUCAGUUAUAUUUAUGGUAUCUUCUGCUAAAUAUGUAUGUAUGUGAAUG